AUGAAUUAUAAUUUACAUCCAGUCACCUAUUUAAAUGCCAAUAAUCAGACAAGUGCCAAUAGCACACCAAACUUGUCAUCUGGUAAUCCACCAUCUUCUACCAGUACAUCAACCUCAACUUCCACAAACACCAAUAACAAUAAUAAUAAUAUUAACAUCAACCCUACCAACCCUCCCCUUAAACGUACGGGUAGUGGUGGAUCAGAACCAUUGGAUAUGGAGAUGGAUAAUGUGACAUCACCAUCUUCUGCAACAUCUUCACAUCAUGGCAGUCCACAUUCAUCAUUCACAUCACAAUCAACAGCAAACUCACCUGUUGCUGAUGCUAAGAGACAACCACAACAACAGCCAGCACAGCCACCACCCCAGCAACAACAACAACUUCCAACACAACUUCAGCAACAACCACCAGUGGUACCAGCUAAGAUCCAACCAAACAAUCUCCAACGCUUACCAAAACAACCACAACCAAUACAUCAAGCAAUCCAACCCCCAGUUGUCCAACAACAACAACAACAACCAACUUUACCUCAACAACAAACCAACUUGAUGCCGCAACCAUCUACGUUGCCAACUGGUACAUUUGGUCAACCAAAUUUACAACCACAACAGCCAACUCAAUUACAUCCAAAUCUUAAUCAAGCUUAUAACAAUCAAUAUUACCCUCAACCAUAUCUUUAUACUCAAACUCAAAUGACUCAAGAGAUCCAACAGCAACAACAGCAACAACAACAGCAACAAGGAAAUGAACCUCCAGUAAAUUCUUUCUAUCCAAACGUUGGCGGUAUUCCAUCAGUUAAUGAUUUGAAUUUCAAAAAGAAACAACAACCAGCAACUGGUAAUACCCUUAAUGGAGUCAAACCUCCAAAGAAGACUUAUAAGAAGAUUAGAGAAGAAGAUUUAAGAGGUCCAUUCAAAUGUUCCUGGGCUGAUUGUUCGAUAAUAUUUGAAGCUCCUGAAUUAUUAUAUGAUCAUUUAUGUGAUGAUCAUGUUGGUAGAAAAUCUUCAAAUAAUUUACUGCUCACUUGUCAUUGGGAAAAUUGUGGUAUAACUACUGUAAAGAGAGAUCAUAUUACUUCUCAUUUAAGAGUUCAUGUUCCUUUGAAACCUUUCCAUUGUGAUUUAUGUCCAAAGUCAUUCAAGAGACCUCAGGAUUUAAAGAAACAUUCAAAGAUUCAUGCUGAUGACCAUCCAAAGAAAUUAAAGAAGGCUCAAAGACAAUUAUUGAAACAACAACAAAAGGAAGCUAAACAAAGAGCUAAAUUGGCGAAUAAGAAGAUGGGAGGUGAAUUGGCUCAACAACCAAACUUUAAUUACUAUGGUGGUGCUCAAGUUGACACUGCAAUGGCGUUUGAUGAUGGUUCAAGAAAGAGAAGAUAUGAAAAUAAUUCUCAACAUAAUAUGUAUGUGGUUAAUAGUCUUUUAAGUGAUUUCAACUUCCAGAAUAUGACUCAACAACAACAAUUCCAACAUCAACAACAGCAACAGCAGCAACAACAACAAUAUCAACAACAAGUUGUUAAUGGUGAAUAUCCAACUAAGAGAAUAAAGCCAGAUGUUCAAUAUAACCUUGAAAUGUUCAAUAAAUUGAAUCAUGUAGAUGAUCAUUUCACUCACCAAUCUCAACAGCAACAACAACAAUUGAAUGCUCAACAUCAUGCUUCUUAUGGUGGUGUAAGUACCGGAUAUGCUAAUGGUGUUGCUGCUCCAGCUGGUAAUCCUGCUGUUCCUAAUGGAAACAUCUAUGAAGCUGAAAAAUUCUUCAAUCAAUUAUCUAACUCCAUCGAUAUGCAAUAUCAAAACAUAUCUACUCAAUACCAACAACAACAACAAGCCCAACAACCUCAACAACAACAACAACAACCACAACCUCCACAACAACAACAACCAUUGUAUCCAACCUUGCCUACCAUUGCCAGUAAUGGUUCACUUACUGCCGCUGCAGCUGCUGCCAAUAAGGAUGCUCUUGUUAAUAAUCAUAAUGGUUUCUUACCUUCUUAUCCCCAAAUCAAUAGACCUAUGGGAUAUACUGGUAUACCCUACAAUGGUGCACAAGCUGGUGUUCAACAACAUCCUACUGCUUUGGAAUUCAGUGGUGUUUCGAAUUAUCAAAAGUCCGGUCAACCAUUGUGUCCUGAUCUCGAAGAGGAUGACGAGGAUGAUAUUGAGACCUAUACUUCUUCUUCUGAGGAGGAUGACGAUGAGCUUGACGAAUUAUUUGACAGAUUGUCCAUCGGUGAUGAAGACGAUGAAGAAGAGGAAGAAGAUGAGGAUGAUGAAGAUGUUGUUGUUAAUGGGUUCAAUUUGAAGGAUGUUGUUAGACAUAGAGAAAUGGUUAGAACUGUUCUUGCUUAUUUGAGAUUGCAAAUCAAAGAACAAGAACAACAAAGAAUGAGAGGAGAUAAGAAUGAAGAAAUGAAGCUUAAUGAAGGUAAUAAAUUAUAUCCUACCAUUGCUGCUUUUUAA